GUCACCCCUCAGGAUAUCCUCUACCACGGUAUCCUGCACAGAAAGCUGCGGACUGGGAGGUCUGGGGCUGCGCUGGACUUUGCCAAGCAGCUGGGGCAUUUCUUUGUGGAUCACCCUGAGGACGCCUUCAGCUCCCUGGGGCGACUGCUGCACAAGAACUUCCACCUGGGAGACUCCAGGCUCAGGAAACGCAGUGUCCGGGACACAACCAUCCGCAUGACAUCCCUGGUGGAAAAUAUCAACCAUAUGGAAGCCAGGCGUGGCUGCCCUCAGCAUCAAUUUACCUCCCGCCUGCGCUUGUUCUCUCACCUGUGCCGGGACUGGCUCUUUGAGGUGCCACUGGGGCUGCUGGCCGACUGUGUACAUGAAGAGCUGCUGUUACAGUGGACCAGCCUGCUCUUCGAUGACAGUUCCACAGGGGGAGCACUAGCCUGGCUGCCUCCUCAGGAUGCAAGCAGUCGCGUGGGACGCCUGGUGUACCCUGGUGGGUUGGCCAUGAACCACCUCUAUUUCCAGGAUGUGGUGCUGGAGGAACAGCCUCAGGCACGGGGGCUGCCAGUGCAGUUUGAGCUUAAUGGGCGCAUCCGGCAAGUAGCUGCUGCCCGGGUGGAUGGGCAAGACUUUGUCGGUGUUCGCUCUGACUACCACUGUGGUGUUUGGAGGAUGCCAGGCAAGACAGGAACUGCCCCUAGCCCACUGCAGGUCAUCCACACUGAUGUGCCAGCCUCCUGCCUCACCGUCAGCCCAUACCUGUCUGGGGAGCUGUCAGUCUGCACCCAGAGUGGAGCCGUCUAUCUAUGGAACAUUGAGACAGGGCUGCAGCGUCUCCGCCAUGACCCCCAGACCCUGUUUUUCCGGGACCACUCACCCUGGCGCUGGAGUGACUUCACUGCUCACCCACGGGUGCUGAGCUGUGCUGACCGCACUGGCAUCCUGUGCCUGGAUGCUCGGGCCCCUGCCAGCUGCCACUUCGACUUCUUCAAGGUGGGUGAGGAAGCCAAGUGCGAGCAGGGUGAACGCGUAGUACUGCCCAUGUACCUAGGUAGGGCUCACCCC